AUGGAUAUGUGGAGCACGGAUGUCUGGGAGGAGGCCUUGCCUCCAGGCACACACCCUCCUGCUCGGCGAGCGUCGCUCCUCCAUGGAUCGCCCGCCGAAGUUGAAGACUUUGUGAUUUCAGAGAAAGCCGUUGCGCACCAGUGCGUGGAUAUGACGCCGGCGUACUCCGUACACCUUCCGCCGGACCUGUCCUCUGAAACCGCCUCCUUCGCGUCUACGCCUCGGGCUUCUCCGUACGCGAUGCGAGACGACUUUGCGGGCGGAGAGAAGCGCUUUUCUGGAAGCUCGCCGCCGUCUGCACUGACACGACACGUCGACAAGGUGCGCGCGGACUCCACCCUGGAGUUCACGGAGCAGCGGCGCGCCGUGCAGAAGCGGCGCCGCGAAGAGAAGAAGAAACAGCUGGCCCACAAGGAGGAACAGAAAGAGCAACAGUUCAUGCAGUUCAUUCGAGACAGAUACACACAACUCAACCGGGUGUGGCCGCCGCCAAGAGCGUGCGUCUUCAUCAUUGGCCGAUGCGCAGAAAAGCAGGGAAAGAAAGGAACGCGCCAAGACAUGCCAUUGCUGGUGGAUGGGGAUCUCGAAGCUGCAGCGGAGUUUCACCGGGCACACUCUCUGUGUGAUCUUCAUCGCAUGACGACGUCGCUGCACGUUCGCCGAUCUGAGCCCGAGAAACCAGUUGCCAAGCCUUCGCCUCCUCGCGAGGAGAAGCAGAAUACUUCUCGCCCAACUUCGACAUUGCGCGUUUCUUUUGCAUCCAAACUCGAGACUCCUGCUCCGUCUCCGCCUCCCCCCGCGCCUGUACAGGCUACGCCUCCGCCUCCUCCCCCGCCUGUACAGGCUACGCCUCCGCCUCCGCCUCCGCCUCCUCCCCCGCCUGUACAGGCUACGUCUCCUCCUCCUCCUCUCACACCUGUACAGGCUACGCCUCCGCCUCCUCCCCCGCCUCCUCCCCCGCCUCCUCCCCCGCCUGUACAGGCUACGCCUCCUCCUCCUCCCCCGCCUGUACAGGCUACGUCUCCUCCUCCCCCCCCCCCUGUACAGGCGACGCCUCCGCCUCCAGUAGUGUCGCCGGAUGCCGACAAGAAGAAGGAAGAGGAGAAGAAGGAAGAAAAGAAGGAAGAGAAGAAGGAAGAAGAGAAGAAGGAAGAAGAGAAGAAGGAAGAAGAGAAGAAGGAAGAGAAGAAGGAAGAGGAGAAGGAAGAGGAGAAGAAGGAAGAUGGGAAGAAGGAAGAUGGGAAGGAGGAAGACGGGAAGAAGGAAGAGGAGCAAAAGAUUGAGAAAGUUGAUAUAACGCAAGACGAGACACAGGACAAACUAGCGGACCAGCUUGUUGCAGCAGAAAAGAAUCAAUCACGAGAUGACCAAGGAGGUAUGAUUGUGCAGACGGAGUUGAUUUUGCCGGAUGAGGAACAGAAAGUCAUCAACGCUCAAGUCGAAAGAUGGACAAAGUUGGUGAUCUCCAUCAGCCACACGGAUCGCCUCUUCUUCAAGUUUGCCAGCUAUUUUUCCAAGGGGUCACUCAAAGUUCGCCUCUAUUGCAUCGCCUUCUAUGACAACGAAGAUCCCAACUAUGUGUCUCUGCUGUCAGGACACCGCACGAAGCUCAUGCGCCCUGAAGUUCAACCGGCGUAUCCGAAAACGCGUAUACGGUGCAUAUUUGAUCAACAGCUGAUUCUUCCCUUUGACGCCUCGUCGAAAGGGUUCCACUUGGGCAUCGUGGCGGUGAUGGGGCAGAAGAAGAAGACAGGAGAAGGCGAAUUUCGCCGCAAACUGAUUGGCAUGACAGAGUUGAUCGACGCCCGCCGAGACAAAAUUCGCCUCAGACGGACCGUUGCAUGGGCGCUCUUCGUGCCCCAAGACCUCGUUGGCCAUGUCGCCACGCCUCAGAUCACGGGAGAGCUUUUUUUCAGUGCGGAAGGCUUCGAGGGAGACGACGGACCAGCGUUGCCGAAAGAGGACGUCCUGAGAGCCUCGUUCGACUUUGGGGCGGAGGACCGCAAGCAGGCGAAGAUGCUCGCGAAGGCGGAAAGGGUGAGACGAGGCGUGGCGAAACCGGCGCCCGAGAAGCCCAUGGGCUUCUUCCAGCGGCUCUUUGGCGGCCAGCGUCAGAAGGACGCGCAGCCGCAGACGCCGGAGCCGGUGGCCUACUCCGCGUUCCUCAAGACCUCGCUCGGGAAGAUUCCGUUGCCUCCGGCUCACAAGCCUGAGUUCCUCAACGUGCUCAGUGACGCCCCGCGGCCCGACGACGCGACUGAGGGGGAGCCGGAAGUGCUGCGCAUCGUUCGGAAUAGAAUGGAGGUGCAAAGCAUCAUCGUGACGAAGACAGCGGGACGGCGGGCGGAGGGGGGCGACGCGGAGAAGUCGAAAGCCGGCGACGGCGGGGGUGCGCGGUCCUCCACGCGAUCGGCGGGCGCUCACGGGAGCUCUCACAGCGACAAGCCGCGGCGCGUGCACACCUCGUCUGCUUCCAGGUCCACCGCGACAUCGGAGAGAACCGACCGAAGCCACAGGAGCGAAGUGCAGGCGAAAGACGCGCACCUCCGUGUGGACAGAAGUGCUCGAGGCGAUUCGCGUGCGUCGCCGAGGAAGAGCCCGUCUGCGAGUGAGAGAGACGCGAAGGCUGGUGCGAAAGACACUCAGAAAACGGCGUCCGGAGGAAAGAUGCCGCCAAGCCCCCGAGGCAGAACAAAGGACUCGGGACAGCCGAUCCCCCCCUCACGGUCGCGCGUGGACGCGACUCCGCGCUCCACGGCAGAGACACGUGCGCAGCAAGGAAAGGCAGGCCCCGGCGCCGACACGAAAGCCACGGCGCCAGACAGCAAGCAAGGAACCGGAAAAGCUUCGGCGCCUCCGGGGAAACAAUCCAGCGCACAGCGGAGCGCCUCUCCAGCGGGGCAACAAGCAACCCAGAGCGCUGUCUUGCCUGCAAAGAAGGCGGAUCCUAAAGCGGCGGCUUCGCCUGCAAAGAAGGCGGAUCCUAAAGCGGCGGCUUCGCCUGCAAAGAAGGCGGAUCCUAAAGCGGCGGCUUCGCCUGCAAAGAAGGCGGAUCCUAAAGCGGCGGCUUCGCCUGCAAAGAAGGCGGAUCCUAAAGCGGCGGCUUCGCCUGCAAAGAACGCAGAUCCUAAAGCGGCGGCUUCGCCUGCAAAGAAGGCAGACCCCAAGGCGGCGGCUUCGCCUGCGAAGAAGGCAAGCCAAAAUGCCCCAGCGUCUGAGAAGGCCGCGAGCAAGCAGAGAACCGCUUCUCCCGCAGGGAAACCAGCGAACCCGACUGCAGCGCCGGGUGGGAAGCAAGCUGUGACGAAGUCGGCGGCUUUGGGGAAAGUGAGCGAGACAAAAGUGACGGGUCCACCACCCGUGAAGAAGGUCACAGGAGCCUCUCCGCAACAGAAAGCCGCAGGGGGAACUGCCAAGGGCCCUGCGAAAGCUACAAAGACCAGCGCCGGGAAGGACGCCGGGCCGCCACAAAAAGACGCAACGGGGGCGAAGCCCGCUGAACAAGGGAAGACGGCCAAGCCAGGCAAACCGGCAGAGACGAAGGCUCCAGCGAAAAAGGAAGCGGCUGCGGCACCGACAGUCAAAAAGGCUGCCCCCGCCGCACCGCCAAAGAAGGCGUGA